AUGCCCCAGCCCCGCAGGGGAAGGGGAUCCCGCCUGGCCAGCACCAGAGUGGCUAGCACCAGCCUCCCACGGGCCGUGCCCGUCUUCCCAAGGCGAGCGGGCCGCAGGGCCUCGCUGCUGAGCCAUGCGCAACGCCUCACCCCGCGGCGCCAUUCCUCCGAGCUGGUCCCCGCGGAGCCGGAGCUGCGACCUGACUUCCGCUCGGGAAAGUGGCUCCGAGAGCCCGCCUCAGGGGACUUCGGGGACUGGCGGCAAAGACUGCUUGCUGGGAUGGGCACUCGACACAGGAUCUAUGAUCAGGAAGAAUUGGUGAUCCCUUAUGCUUCUGACAGUGAUUCAGGAAGUGUAGAUUUGCAGCUAAGCGACUUAGAGGGUAUUCAAAAAGACUCAAGUAGUACAGAUCUUACAGACUUGGAAAUCCCUGACAUCCCUGAAUUCUCACAGGAGUCCUUCACAGAUAGCCUCAGGAACCUAAAUCGUGGGAGCCCCCUCAGCCAGACCAGUGUGGAGAGGCUGGUCCAGUCCAUCCAGGAAGUUUUUCGUGGUAAGCUGAAGGGUGAACAGGCAAAGCUGAAGUUCCUAAGAUCUUUGUCUUCUCUCAGCCAAACUUUACUAUAUGAUGAAACCACAGAGUCAUUUAUUCACCGUCAUAUAGCUGACAUCGUGCAUAUCCUUAAUGUGCUGGUACAAGAGGAGCCCCUGAAUUAUCUGUCCAGCCCAGUGCUCCAGGAGGUCUUGGUCACCAUCACUGAGUUCAGUUACCAAGAUGUCCAUCUACUGCUUGACUCAGAAGAUAGAGAUGACCUGCUCAAUCUCAUCGUCAAAAUUUUAAUCACUCUGCCUUCUGUAGACAUUCUUAUCCAGCUGCAGGGGGCCAGGCAAAGUGGGCUCCACAACACAGAGUGUCUCUACAGGCAGACUUUCCAGGCAUUUUCUGACAUGCUACAGAGUUUUGUGAUGAAAGACCCACAUUUGGAAAAAUUUGACACCAUCUUUAAGCACAUGGAGCCCUGGUUACAGUCAGCCAAAAACCAUGAGAGGAAACGGGCCACGGCCACCAUGGCCCAAGUUCUCAAGUGCUUAUCGAGACAUCUCAGCCUGAAGCUUCCCCUGCAAUUCCAAAGACUUGGACAUCUAGUGGCUCUGAUGGCACUGCUGUGUGGGGACCCAGUGAAAGAGGUGGCUGAGGAGGCUGCUGAGGGCACACACUACCUGCUACAUAUCACCCUGAGGCUGAAGUGUAAGGCACUGCUGAAGGCAGUCUUUGAAGUUUUUCUCAGUUCCACUGAGCUCUGCCAGUUUGUAAUGACCACCUUGGACAGCCUGAAAAAUCUGCCUUAUCCUCGCAGCCAGCAGACAGCUGGGGAGUUGCUGAUAACAUUGGUGAAAAAUGCAGAAUCCCGAUUUGAGAAGGUGCCAGAAAUUAUAGGAGUUAUCUGUGCCCGGCUAUCCAUAAUCUGCCAGCCUAAAGUCCGCCAACAAGUCAUAAAUACUGUGAGUUUGUUUAUCUCCAGGCCUAAGUACACAGAUAUAGUACUCAGCCAUCUUCUUUGCCAUCCAGUGCCAUAUGACAGGCACUUGGCUGAGUUGUGGAGAACCCUGGAAGUCGAGCUGCCCAGCACAACCUGGAUCCUGUGGAGGCUCCUGAGGAAGCUGCAGAAAUGCCAUAAUGUGGUUACCCAGGAGAAGAUGGCCUAUGUGGCUGUCUCUGUGACAAAUGCCCUCUAUGAGGUGUUCGUGGGAAACAAGCUGCGAGCAGCUACCUUCCGACUCUUCCCUCAGCUUCUCAUGACCCUGCUCAUCCAGAUCCACCAUAGCAUUGGUCUCACCAUGUCUGAUAUCUCCAUCCCUAGAGGCCUGUAUGCAGAACAGGAAAUGUCAACAGACAUCAUACCUUUGAGCUUUGCCAUGCAGGCUACAAAGACCCUUCUCCUCAGAACAAUGUGCUGGCAGGAAUUCAACAUUAUGGAAAAGAAUAAUGGAUGGACGCUUUUGAAAGGAGACUGCCAUCUUCAGGGAGUAUUUCUCCUUGCCAAUGCCUUGCUGGAAAGAAAUCACCUUCUAGCACAUAGGAUCUUGUACUUGUUAGUCCCGCUUCUUAACCGAGGGAAUAAGAAACAUAAACUAACAGCUGCAGCCUUCUUUGUGGAGCUCCUCCAGAGUCCAGUGGCUAGAAGACUGCCAAGCAUGUACUCUACUGCCCGCUUGAAAGACUGGUUGUGUCAUGGAAACAAUGCCUUUAGAAUUCUUGCCUUAAGAGGACUGUUCAACCUUCUCAGACACAAAGAAAUGGGGGAAAACAUCAAGAACCUGCUGCCCUGUCUCUUAGAUAGCCUAUGUGAAGCCGAUGAGAGGAUUGUUUUGUUGACCAUCCAGAUACUCCUGCAGCUUGUCCAGAAAAUGGAUUUCACUACCCUGGCUGCCAUGAUGAAGACCCUGUUUUCCUUAUUUGGUGAUCUGAGACCAGAUGUUCAUCGUUUCUCCAUGACCCUCUUUGGAGCCUCUAUAAAGUCUGUGAAACACACACAUAAGAAGAAUGCAGAGAAACAAGUCCUGGAAAGCCUGGUCCCACUACUGCUGUAUUCUCAGGAUGAAAAUGAUGCCAUAGCUCAGGAGAGCAGGCAAGUCUUAACUAUAUGUGCCCAGUUCCUGAAGUGGAAGCUUCCCCAAGAAGUAUACUGUGAAGAUCCCUUGUACAUAAAGCCUGAUGAAGUUGAGACAAUCUGCAACUUUUUUGGAAAAAAAUGCCAAGGGAAAAUUAACAUCCUAGCCCAAACAUUGAUGUACUCCAAGAAUGCAAAACUUCCUAUCAGAAGAGCAGCAGUCUUAUUUGUAGGGCUUUUAUCAAAGUUCAUGGAUCGCAGUGAGCUCAGGAUUAGGGGUACUGAAUGGAUAGAGAAUGUUCUGAAAGACCUGCUGCAAGACCCUGAGCCCUCUCUGCGCCUCAUUGCCUCCCAGGCUCUGUUCCGAGUCCAGAGGGUAGGAGAACUAGAGCCUGAGCAGACAGUUUGCUGGUUGAGGAAACUUCUGGGCUGUCUCCCUACCUAGAAAUGCAAAACAAGCAACAUCAGAUGGAGAAGGUGAAGAACCAAACAUAGAAAUGACUUGAUCAGGGUCACACAACUAGAAAAUGGCAAAGCCAGGAUUCAG